CAACAGACUCAGACAAUAGAACAAACUAAGAGUCAGAUCAGCAGAAACAGAGAACACGGACAUGUCUGCUGUAACUGCGUCACUCUGCUCCACGCUGAUGUUUGUCCUGUUCGUCUCUGCAGACCAGAAAAUCAUCACAGCUGAGUCUGGACAGGACGUCACUCUGACAUGUCGAGCUCCAAACAACAACAUCAUAGGUGUAGAGUGGAGCAGAGCUGACCUGGGAGAUGAACAAUAUGUGUUUUUGUACCGAGAUGGCCGAUUUGAACCAGACGACCAGCAUCCAUCUUUUAAGAACCGGGUGGAGCUGCAGGACAGACAGAUGAAGGAUGGAGACGUGUCUUUGAUUCUGAAGGAUGUGACAAUUAAUGAUGCUGGAACAUACGAGUGUGGUGUUGUCCAGAAAGAACCAAACCAAAUGAUACCCAGUUUGAAGCUCAUCAACACCACCUACCUUCAUGUUGCUCCUCCAGGUGAGUGA